UUUAUGCACGGUGUGUGUCGCGAACGUAGCCAGUGCCUGUUCUCACAUGACUUGGCAAACAGCAAGCCGUCUACCAUCUGCAAGUACUACCAGAAGGGCUAUUGUGCCUAUGGCACAUGGUGCAGAUAUGAUCACACAAGGCCCUCAGCUGCAGCAAGUGGAGCUGUGGGCCCUGCACCCCAGUGCAGGUCCUCUCCAGGCUUGCACAGUCCUCACCCUUCUGACAUUGCCAUGUCUGUCAUGAGAACACACCUGCAUGAACCAGGGAAGCGGGAGAAGAAGACGCUGGUGCUCAGAGAUCGCAAUCUCUCUGGCCUGGCAGAAGAGAAGACUUCCCCAAGCAUGGUGAAUAAUCCAGGUGGAUGCAGUGACCCCCAGACUAGCCCAGAGAUGAAGCCCCAUUCCUACCUAGAUGCCAUCAGGAGUGGCCUGGAUGAUCUGGAGGCCAGCAGCUCCUAUGGCAAUGAGCAGCAACUGUGCCCCUAUGCCGCUGCUGGGGAGUGCUGGUUUGGGGAUGCCUGUGUCUAUCUGCAUGGAGAGGUGUGUGAAAUCUGCAGGCUGCAAGUCCUCCACCCCUUCGACCCAGAACAAAGGAAAGCUCAUGAGAAGAUGUGUAUGUUGACAUUUGAACACGAGAUGGAAAAGGCCUUUGCCUUCCAAGCAAGUCAGGAUAAAGUGUGUAGCAUCUGCAUGGAAGUAAUCCUUGAGAAGGCAUCUGCUUCUGAGAGGAGGUUUGGAAUUCUCUCCAAAUGCAACCACACCUACUGCCUGUCCUGCAUCCGCCGGUGGAGAUGUGCCAAGCAGUUUGAAAACCCGGUCACCAAGUCUUGUCCAGAAUGCCGUGUGAUAUCUGAGUUUGUAAUUCCAAGCGUAUAUCGGGUAGAAGAUCAGAAUAAGAAGAAUGAGUUGAUUGGAGCUUUCAAACAGGGUAUGGGAAAAAAAGCUUGUAAAUACUUUGAACAAGGCAGGGGGACCUGUCCGUUUGGAAACAAAUGCGUUUACCGCCAUGCUUACCCUGAUGGGCGGCUGGCAGAGCCAGAGAAACCCCGGGAGCAGCUCAGCUCUGAAGGCACUGUGAGGUUCUUUAAUUCAGUGAGUCUCUGGGAUUUCAUUGAGAACCGGGAGACUCGACAAGUCCCCAACACUGAAGAUGUCGACGUGGCAGAACUUGGGGACCUCUUCAUGCCCCUUUCUGGAGUGGAGUCAUCGGAACCCUAGAACCCAUGGUAGCGUCUGCAUUUGGGCGCUCUAGCCCCAUGUAUGCCAAGCCAGGGUGGACGAGCAUCUGUCCGUGACCCACAGCAGCGUGGUACUUGGAUGUGAGGGCGGUGGUACUUUGUCUCUUCCACCCUGCUGUUACAGCCAUGGCAAGAGUGCAGGGUAUAAAAUAACCUGCUAGUACAUGAAAUCACUGCUUUUAUAGUUGAUCUCUUAGUUGUACCUUCAGCUCCACGUUGGGACCAACUAAGUGGUCCAGCAGCUUUGAGUGAUUGCUUUUAAAAGAAACCUGGCUCCUGUGGUUUGUGACUUUUCCUCAUCAGCAACAGUAAACCUGCAGCUGCUCAUAAAGCAGUAAAUCCAUUUUCCUCCCUUACAGAGUCUAAUGUUCC